CGUGGAGACAUGAGUGCCUUUUCCCCAUGCUAGGUCCCGCACUUGAGCCUAAGCUUCAUCAUGAACCCGCUAGAUAGAUGAAAGGAAAAGGAUAUGUGCCGGAGCAUAAAAGAGUCUUAUCAAAAUUGAUCCCGCUAAGAACAAUGCUGGUAUAUGAAUUAUUCUGAUUCUUGUAGUUGUUUUAGUGGGAGCCGUUUGAAGUGGCUUUCGUUUCUCGUUUAGAUCACAGCAUCUUGUAGCUGUCACAUGAGGGGCAGCUAGAGUUCCUACUACAUAUUCUAUUACCUCCUUAACCGAGACAGCAGCCGAGUGGAUUAAAAUGGGGGGAUACAGGGCAAUGCACCCUAUGUGGUUUAACCGCUACGUAAUGGCAGGCUGGGCUAGCGGGUUCGUUGGAAAUUGGAUCUUCGAACAGUACUACGACAUACCGCGAGAUAGGGUAUCACUUCUCAUUAUCUUGGUGCUUUCUUUAUUCAGCACAGUUUCUUUGUCUGCUUCUUAUUCUCGCCGCUAAGCAAGUUCUUUGUAGUUGAAGAUUGAAACUAUGCGAUGCUAUGUUCUACCUCAUGAAUAGGCACACUGCACUACCACUACUGCUAUCACCACUUCUUAGAAUGCUAACGUGCGUUGGCAGUAUUGGAUGGACCUCUGUAAUGCGAAACGUGCUGGUGAAAUCGAUCCGACAAUGCCUGGCUAUAUGGCAAUGAAGUGGAUCAAUGACAGGGAAAAGAUUGCUUGGGAGAAUCAUGGUACCAUUAUAAGUACUUUUAGUGAUGUUCUUCGCGACUGAAAACUGAAAAGCUGCAGGAUAACUAAGCUGAACAACUAGGUCCUCAAGCACAUUCAUGUUGUUCCUUGUCUCGCACUUCAAGGACAGGGUUAGUAGUGCUAUACCUCAAUUCAUUUUUAGCGGAUCUUCAAUUCCUUACGAGCACGAGGUAGAUGUCAAUAAUCUACCAGGAACUGAUGUAUAUUCAAGUAAGUAUAUCUGUUGUAUUAUCUUCCUAUGAUGUGACAUUUUCUCAUACCUCUUCAGCACGCGAGUACCCAGGCUUCGAGAUGCCCGAGUGCUAAGCUCUGUGUGAAAUCGGGGGAGUAGGGUUAUCGCCCAUCCUAGACAUUCUUGUCCUGCAGAUUAUAAUCAUCCAGCAUUUGUUUUCGGUGAAUUUUACAAUUUUGUUGAUGGACAACUCCUCCGAUACGUAUUCUUGUAUUGAGAUGCCUUGUUUCUCUUCCGGCUGAGUAUGAACUGCAAGUGCUGGGCAUUCGCAGAGACGACGUCGAAAGGCUG